AUGCCUCGCUACGGUGCUCUAGGAGCGACAUUCCUCCUCGCCCGCAUAAUCCAAGCUUGCUCGCUCAUCGCCAUCAUCGGGCUCACGGCGAACUUCAUCGCCGAGAUCGUGCGCUAUGAUGCGAAGCCGCCUGGGAUCUUCAUUGGGACGAUCACUGUUACCUGCAUCGCCGUAAUCUAUACAAUAAUAACCACAAUCCUCUUCAUCGACGACAUCCUCCCCUUCCUCGCCUCGGGUAUCCUCGACACUCUCAUCCUCAUCGCCGUCAUUGUCGUCGCGGUGAUCAUGGGCCGCCCGCUGUUCUACCUCGAGUGUGCGGAGAUCGGGUCCGGGAACGAGAUCUCGAGCGCGUACACGUUUGCGACGCAUCUGAGCUCGUAUCUGCGGAAUCUGAAUGGCGAGGUGGAUUAUCGGAGCUGGGUUGGUACGAGCAAGGGGGUUUGUUUGGAGGCCAAGAGUGUUUGGGGGUUGAGUAUUGCUAUGUGUAUCAUGUUCUUCUUCUCUGGAAUCUGCUGCGCGUGUUUGUGGAAGCAGAAGAAGAUUGGGGCUGGGGGUUCCAGUGAUGCGAAGGAGGUUGAUUAA